CCUCGUCUGCGUGUGGUUUUGGUGUGGUAGAUCCUUCUUGACUUUUCAUUUUAAUUUCUCUUUUCUUCAUUUCUCUCAUUCUUUCUUCCUUUUUGAUUAACCCUUUUCCCCCCCUCUUCUUUCUCGCGCGGUAGAAGUGGAGAGGGUAGAAAGAGGGGAAGGAAGAGAGAGAGAUGGUGAUGUGAACGAAGACCCUUUGUGAUGCGGGGGAUGUGAAGGAGGCUGGAAGGCGUUGGCGGGAAAUUCAAUUGACUGAAAAAAUAUAGAAAUUCAACCGACGGGAAAACGCUGAACUGGAAUCCAAUUGACAGGAAAAUCGGCAUAAUGUAACUACUGUUAAUGAACCAAUAUUCUUUGCGGCGGUACAGUGUGCUCUGGUAGAAAAAACAACAACAACUGGAGAUGCAGUUCAAUAACUAAGCAAAACCGGCAACGAAAUUGUGGAGACAAAAGUUGAUUCGUGUGUUCGAAGCCUUCAGUCAAUUAAGGUCCCAUCGCCGGAGGCCAUGGUGGGCUCUUACACGUCGCUGCCUCCGGGCGUGGCGGCCACAGUUCCGCGCCGGAUCCUCCUCAGGGACUCGUGGGUCAAACACGCAGCCGGGCCCCCGGAGGAGGCGGUGGCGGAGGCCUCGGAGCCCAACGCAGCUGAGCCUCCGAGCCCUCCCCCUCCUUCCCCGCCGCCCUCGACGCGCCCUUCGCUGCUCGCCAGGGAAGGCCCUCGCAGUCCGCCGCUGGCAUCGCCGCCCUGCCUCUCGCCUGACCUCCCGCGCCCCUUCGAGCGGUUCCGCAGCGCCAGCGCCCGCGAGUCGCGAAAGAAAGCGCGCCCGGCGUCCGUCGUGCUCACCACGUACAUCUCGACGGCCGCCAAGGACGAGUUCCAGGGCCUGUCCGGGAAGGUUUCGCGCACCAAGGCCUUCUUCGAGUCGUCGCCGCUGCAGGUCAAGGACUCGUCGGGCGAGUGGGACGAGGCCGACAUCCAGGAGACCGACCUCCCGCCCGACACCCUCGUCACCUACACCUUCAAGAAUCCGCUGAGGGCGUCACCCAAACCGGCGCUACCACACGCUCUUUUCCGCGCUGGGCCGAAUUUGCCGACGCUUCUGCAGAAGGCGACAUCGACACUCCCGCGCCCCCAAAGAAGCCCGGCUACGACAGCGCGCCCGAGGGCGAGGCCAGGGCGCCGGAGGAAGUGA